GAGUCUAGUCCCAUGAAUAUUAUAAUCCUCUCUUCAUGUACAUGGGAUCAUCAGGAAGCUUAACCAUGAAGGUGCAUCAAUUCACACGUGGAUUCUUGGAGCAUGAAGCAACCACAACUGCUCCUCCUUCACUUACACUUGGUUGCAAACGUUUAAGACCACUUGCUCCUAAGCUCACCAGUACUACCAAUAAUGAUUCAACCACCAUUGUUACUCCUCCUUUUGAUCUUAAGAGCUUCAUUAGACCUGAAAGUAGCACUAGCCCUCCUAAACAUGCUUUCAAUGAAGAGAAGAAAGAUUCCUCUCAGGUGGAGUCACACCCAGGAGGAACGAGGUGGAAUCCAACACAAGAACAGAUAGGGAUACUGGAAAUGCUGUAUAGAGGUGGAAUGCGUACCCCUAAUGCCCAGCAAAUUGAGCAAAUCACAGCACAGUUAGGGAAAUAUGGGAAAAUAGAAGGGAAAAAUGUGUUCUAUUGGUUUCAAAACCACAAAGCUCGUGAGAGACAAAAGCAGAAGAGGAAUAGCCUUGGCCUUAGCCAAAGUCCAAGAACACCACCAGCCAUAGUCACUAGUCCUUUGUCAUUUGACACUAGGGGAGAAGUAGUGAGGGAAGAAGAUAGUCCAUACAAGAGAAAGUGUAGGGGGUGGACAUUUGAAUACUUGGAGGAAGAACAAGAAGAAGAAGAAGAAAAAAGAAGUUGUAGAGAAAAUGGUGAUAGGACUCUUCAACUCUUCCCAUUGCAUCCAGAAGGCAUGAGAUGAAUUAAAUAAUUCAUCACAAGAAUAUUCUUUUUAAUUAUGAUCUGACUAGCUACUCUUUUUUAUCAUUUUCGUCUAUCUUUAAUUUACUUUCUUUGAUUUGCAUGCUUUGUUUCCUUUUCUUGAUUUCUUUCCUUGUUUUGGGAAAGAGAAAAGAGAAAAGAGAAACAUAUGAAUCAUCAAAUCCAGUAGUAGUAUGUUGUAAUCCAUCUCUGUACCAAUUCCCUUCUCUUGGAUUCUGGGCAUUUUAGUGACUUAUUCCUGACCUAAGGCUAAAACA